AUGGCGACCCACUUCCGUGACCGUGAUGGAUUCGAGGGCAGAAAUCAUUCACCAGUUAUACCCACACCGAAGCCCGCCAGUCCAAGUUUGCCAACCUUCCUUACCCUUAGGAACAGGGGAAUCCCUGUCUUAGGUGCUUGCCCUUUCUGUGAUGAAGAAGAAGAAUCCACUUCCCAUCUCCUUUUAUUCUGCCCUUUUACCAGAGCUAAUUGGCAUGGUACAUCUUUGGCAGUGCACACAUCAGAUUUUAUGAACUGUUCCAUACAACAAUGGCUUGGGAGGUUGUUGCAUAUUCAUAAAGCUCUACAACCAGAGAGCAUAUCUUAUCUACAAGGGAUUUUCACAACACUUUGGACCAUAUGGACUCACAGAAACCUUGUUGUUCAUGAAGGGAAGAACCCAAACCCUCUAGAAGUUGUACUAACUACUCAGUCUCUUGUUUGUAGGUACAAAGAAGCCUUCUCUAGCUGCAGUACAACAUCUCUUAGAAGGUCAGAUCAGAAAGGAGAAAACAAGCUUCCUCAGAAUCUUUGGCAACUCAUAAUUAAGGUAGCUAGAGCAAGAGCCAAGAAAUUACAUCGUUCUGGUUUUGCCUAUGAAGCUAUGAAUCUACCAGGGGAUGUCAUUCUGCAGAGAACAUCUAGCUGUACAGAGAAACAACCUGCACUCACAAUCCAGGAAGCAAUGCUUGAAGCUGUGAUUAAGGCUAGGGACUUGGGAUACAAUUUUCUUUUGCUGCUCAGUGAUAGUAGGAGAUCAGUUCUUGUUUCCAACAGACAGUGUACUCCCACUUGGCAAGAGAGAGUUUUGUUGGCAAGUGAAACCUUAAUUCACUCUGACUUAGUCUUCCAUGCUGUGUAUGUCCCAGCAGUUGUUCUUAGUAAUGUAAGCUCCUUAGCCAAGUUGGCAACUGAAAUGCCAAUUAAUCAUUGUAUGGUCUAA